AACAUUAGUAGGAUGCAAGAUUAGCGUCUUAAAAAUCUAAGUAUAUUUUUAAACGCAGUGAAGCUGUAUGAAAUGUAGUAAAGAUGUCCUAAUUAAUUAAACGUGCACUUAUGUUUAAGGUAUUACGGUACAUACAUGUUUAGGGGAAUGGUAAACCAAGCAGUCAGAGUUUGCCACUUCAUUGCCAAAUAUACCAUGUCCAACUUUAAAUUCAUAGAUAUCGGUAUUAACCUUACCGACCCCAUGUUUAGGGGAAUAUACAGAGGAAACCAGAAACACGAAGAUGAUUUCGGGCAAAUUGUCGAAAGAGCUCUAAGCGUUGGGGUUCAGAAGCUUAUGAUCACCGGUGGAAACCUGGAGGACAGCAGAGAAGCUCUGAAACUGGCACAAAGCCGAGAGGAGUUUUUCAGUACUGUAGGUUGCCACCCGACUCGCUGUGCUGAGUUUGACCAGAAUGGACCAGAGCAGUACUUCUCUUCACUCAGAGAGCUGGCCAUGAGUAACAAAGGAAAGGUGGUGGCUGUUGGGGAGUGUGGACUGGACUUUGACCGGUUGGAGUUCUGUCCAAAAGAGACCCAGCUCAAGUACUUUGAGAAGCAGUUCGAUUUGGCAGAAGAAACCAAACUGCCCAUGUUUCUGCACUGCAGGAACUCUCACCAGGAAUUCCUGGACAUUAUGAGAAGAAACCGUGACAGAUGUGUUGGAGGGGUGGUUCACUCCUUCGAUGGGAACAAAGAGGACGCUGCUGCUCUAAUAGACCUGGACCUUUAUAUUGGCAUUAACGGCUGCUCUUUGAAGACAGAGGCGAAUCUCGAGGCCAUGAAAUCGAUUCCCACAGAGAGACUGAUGAUAGAGACAGACGCUCCGUGGUGUGGCAUCAAAAACACUCACGCAGGAUCCAAGUUCAUUAAAACAACUUUCCCCACCAAGAAGAAGUGGGAAGCAGGACACUGCCUGAAAGAUCGGAAUGAACCCUGUCACAUUAUCCAGGUGCUGGAGGUGAUGGCAGCAGUGAGGAACGAAGAUCCGACAGAGAUGGCCAACACGAUCUACAACAACACCCUGAAAGUGUUCUUCACUGGGAGCUGAAAGAUCUGAAUGAUGAAAUAGUGGUCCUGUGGGAACUGAGUUUGUUAAUGCAGUGGAUCUUCGGAUAUGCCCAGGGUUCUUUUAUUUACUGCUCACGUUCACAUCCCAGAGAUCCCAGGACUGAACUGUUCACAUGGCUGGUGCAAUGCUGAAAUGUAUUUUAAUAAAUACUUGCUCUAUAUGAAAAAAUUAGUAUUUGACACGUGUUAAGUUGUAACACAUUGUAACAUAUGACAGUUUACAUCAUGG